AAUCCCAGUUUUGCCCUUUAUCUUUCAAGCUAAAGCUGGGCACCAAGCUAGUGAGAUCAGAACGAAACCAGGAACUAUGGAGCUCUGUAUGGGCGUCGUCAAUGGUGUCUCCAUGUCGGUCGUCAGCGUAAACCCAUCACCCCCUUCACGCUCUCUUCUUUCCCCAAGAAACCCCAUUUCUCUUCAUCCUUUCACUUCCCUCCGACCCCACUCCUCCCUUUCCCGCCAAUUCCAACAUCUCCAACCGCCACCACUCUCUCGCUCGGCGGUUCCGGCUUCUCCUUCUUUUUCUACGGCUGUCAGCGACGAUAAAGAUCAGCUUCCAGCGGACAUAAUUGUCACAGAGACCCGAGAACCCAAUUCCAGAGUCAAGUUAAGCAUACAAGUACCGCCGGAGGUCUGCGACGAUUGCUACAAAAGGGUUAUGGCCGAGUUCAUGAAGCAAGCCAAGGUUCCUGGAUUCCGGCCCGGAAAGAAGGUGCCGGAGAGUAUUCUUGUGAGUCAUGUUGGGAAGAGAAGUGUCAACAAGGCUACAGUUGAAUCUAUUUUGAGGAGGACCCUUCCACAUGCCAUGUCUUCGAUGACAGGCACACCUUUAAGAGACUCAGUACGUAUUGUAACCAGAUUUCCAGAAAUGGAGCAGACCUAUUCUACUCUCAAUUCUCUCAGAUAUGAAGUCACUGUUGAUAUAGCACCAGAGUUGAAAUGGACACCUGAGGAGGGAUACAAGAAUUUGAAGGUUGCAGUUGAGCUAGAUAGUGACAUAGAUGCUCAAAAAGCUUCUGAACAAGAAUUAAGGCGACGCCAUAAGUCCUUAGGUGCAUUGAGAAUUGUAACCGAUAGAGGUCUACAGAUUGGUGAUCUUGCUGUCCUUGAUAUAUCUGCAACAACGAUAGAUCAAGAUGAAGCAAAUGUUAAGAAUAUUCCAUCUGCUGAGAGUAAAGGUUAUCAUUUUGAUACGGAAGAUGGUGAUAAAGUAGUUCCUGGUUUCCUCGAGUCGAUAAUUGGAAUUCAACAAGGUGAAACAAAGUCCUUUCCACUUGUCUUUCCUGAAUCAUGGACACAAGAAGAGCUCCAAGGAGUUCAUGCCCAAUUCAAUGUUGAAUGCAAAGAAUUAUUCUACAGAGACUUGCCCGAAUUGGAUGACUCCCUUGCUGAAAGGCUUCUUCCUGGAGGCACCACCCUCAAACAGGUCAAGGAAGUGUUGUUACAAAAGUUCCAGGAAAUGGAGCAAACAGCUAGAGAGCAAGCAGCUGAUAAUGCCAUUUUAGAUCAGCUUUGCAAGAUGGUAGAGGUUGAUAUUCCUCAGUCCUUUUUUGAGGAGCAAGGUAGGCAGCUUUAUGGAGCCAAACUUUUGGAGAUACAGGCAAACGUAAAAUUAAAUGAAGAGCAGUUGGCUUCUCUGUCAAGUAAGAAGGCUGUGGACGAGUACCUUCUAAACCAGAAGGAGAACAUAACAAAUAUGAUAAAACAGAGUCUGGCUGUCGGAGACAUAUAUAAACGUGAAAAUUUGCAGAUUUCAACAGAGGAGAUUGUCAAAGAAGUUGAAAAUUCAGUUGAUGAAUUCAAACGUCAAAAACAAGAUUAUGAUGAAGAACGUGUCAGGGGACAGGUUCAAGAAAUUUUAGAGGGAGCAAAGGUGCUUGAAUGGUUGAGAGAGCAUGCAGAGAUUCAAUACGUAACCAGAUGACGGAGAGGACAAGCAUGUCUGUGUUUGCAAGCGUACGGUGUACACAAAGUUGUUCAAGGCUAGUCAUGUUUUAACUUUAAAGGUGGUUUCUUUUGACGAUGCCCAGCCGCAUUCAAGCCAACAUAGUUUGCAGCAUGCCUAAAUUUUACGCUUGUCAGAUUGUCGGGUUGAGGGCCUUUAGAUCGAGAGGUUCAAUUGUUUGAUUAGCGAGUUCAAAGCUAUUUUUCCGAAAUGAAGAAUUUUGUUUGUGGAUCCAGUCCUAAUCAAUCCAAUAUCUGGUUUUUGAAGUUC